UCUCUCUCUUUCUCUGUCUCUCUCACACACACACACACACACACACACACCUCUAAGUCUUAACUCUUAAACAUCUGAAACAGCAAAACCAGGCUAUUGAAGAAGAUUCUGUGGUGUUAUUGGGGACGUUAUUUGGUGGAGAUCUCAGCAGAGAGAAAUGCAGCGAAUCUCCAGGGUUUGGCUCUUGUUUUCUAUGUUGGUAUCUUUACCACUUUGUUCUCUCGCUCUGGAGAAACUGAACAUGUGCAUGGAUGCUAAACACCACAAAACUGAGCCAGGACCAGAAGGAGAACUUUACCAGCAGUGUGCUCCAUGGCAUGAGAAUGCAUGUUGCACUGCAAACACAUCAGCUGAAGCUCAUGAAGAUAACUCCUACCUGUACAACUUCAACUGGAACCACUGUGGGGUCAUGAGUCAAAAAUGUAAAAAGCAUUUCAUCCAGGACACCUGCUUCUACGAGUGUUCACCUCACCUGGGGCCAUGGAUCCAACCGGCAGACACUACUUGGCGCAAGGAGCGAAUAAUUGAUGUACCAUUGUGUAUGGAGGACUGUGAAUUAUGGUACAAUGACUGCAGCAAUGACGUCACCUGCAAAGAGAACUGGCACAAAGGCUGGAACUGGACUUCAGGUAUAAACCGCUGUCCGUCAGGAGCUAAGUGUCAGAAGUGGACAGAUGUUUUCCCCACUGCUCAGAGCAUGUGUGAGAAAAUCUGGUCCAACUCCUACAAGUAUACCACCUACACCAAGGACAGCGGCCGCUGCAUGCAGAUGUGGUUUAAGGGCAACAACCCUAAUAAGAAAGUUGCAGAGUUCUAUCUGAAUCGUGGCUCAAACACAGAGAUGGCCAUGAUGACCAGUCUCACACUCUCUCUUUCUGUCCUUCUCUCAAUACUUCAAAUGCAAUGAAUAAAAAAGCUAAAAAAAAAAGCCUUC